AUGGCUAGUCCUAAUGUGAUUACCUUUGAUGUUGAGGGCCAUGCGGUCGAUUUUGAGGUUUGGGUAGAUGACUUGCAGCUCUAUCUUCAGUGCGACUCCAGGGACGGAGUCUCGCUUCACCUGCCGUCUGCUGAGCGCGCGCACUUUGGUCAGUAUAAGACUGCUAAGUCUCUGGAUGAUGCUGUUGUCGCACGCUACUCCUCCCCUGCCUUUGCUGCCCUCAGCCGCCUCAUGCUACCGUACUUGUUCCCUCACCUAGCCGCGUUUGCCACAGUCGCUGACCUCAUCACUCACCUCCACACUAGUGACACCCGCUACCGCGCUGCGCUUCCCUCCGAGUUCUGUGCCAAGAACCUCCCCCCCAUGUACAUCACCCUCUUCUACCUCGUCACCCGCCUCCGUGACUCUCUUCGCUCACAUAGCCGCUUAGGAGCUUCUCGCGGCGACCCUCGCGCCUCUUUCUUUGAGGGGUGCUCCCCUGUCCCCCUUUUGCCCUCUGUUGCUUCUGCUGCUGCUGUCGACCUCGUUGGCACCGAGGCAGUCGGGACUGCGUCUGCUCCUAGUAGGAGGCGCCGUAGCGGCAAGGGCAAGGGGGGCAAGGGUGGUGGAGGGGACGGCGGGGGCGGCGGUGGCGGCGGUGGAGGAGGUGGACGGGGUGGGAGUGGAGGUGGGGGUGGAGGCGGGAGUGGGGGCGUCGAUGGCGGCGGUGGAGGUGGAGGCGGCGGCGGCAGCGGCAGUGGGGGUGGCGGCGGCGGUGGUGCUGGGCGGGGUGGAGCCGUGCAGCGUGGAGGCUUUGGCGGUGGCCAGCGCCAGCAGAAGCCGCGUUCCCGUGAGGCCCCGUCGCCUCAGCAGCUUCGUGAGUGGUACGCUGGGUGUGGGAGGCCUGGGGAUGCUGGUCCGUGCGCUUACGUUCUCCGCACUGGCGACCAGCGUGGGGAGACGUGCGGCCUGCCGCAUGCUACGCAGCGCUGUUUCGGUCGCCUGACUGAUGCCUGGCGCGCACAGUUUCCUGAUGCUACAGAGCUCCCUUGCUGGGCUGAUCUGCUUAAGUCUGGUGUAGCUAUCUUUGAUCUUGAGUAUGAUGGUAUCCUUGCUGCCAUGUAUGCUGUGACUAUUAGUGCUGAGGGUGACUGUUACCUGUGUGUGCCGCCUGACCCAGAUAUAGAGGCUGCUGCUCUAGGUGCUAGUGAGUCUGCUGCUCCAGGUACUGGUAAGCCUGCUGCUCUAAGUGCUGGUGAGUCUGCUCUCUCAGGCACUGCGCCUGCUGAGGCCUUGCACACUUUCACUCUUAACUCCGGUGCCUCCCGCUCCUUCUUUUGCAACAGCACCACACUCACGCCGCUCAGUCAGCCGGUUGCUGUCUCCCUGACGGACCCCUCUGGGGGCCCAUUCUUUGCACACUCCUCUACGGUUCUGUCGUGUCCAGCGGUCCCGUCUUCACCUCCCCUUGUUCUCUACGAACUUGGUGAGUGGAGCUGA